AUGCCUGUGCAGGAUCACGUCUUCUUCCGGAAGUUAGCAAUCGGUUCUUCAUGGAUGCUGCGCUUGGGACAGGACAGGGUCCACUAUAGGGAGCCCGUGAUCCUGAUGCAGCAGAGUUGGGGCCACAGGGUCUCGGCGUGCUUCCCAGCCAGCGUGGUGUCCGAGCACAGGCCGGAGGCCGUGCGGGUCCGGCGGCGCGGCCGACUUGCCCGCUCCUGGUCGUGUCCCGGCGGCGGGAGGACUGCCCAGGGGGGCGCGGGGGGGAGCGCCGUGGCGGGGGACCGUCUCCCUGGGAGAUGGACGCUCGGGCGGGUGGCGCAGCCCCGCGACCAGGCUGUCUUCAGGUGCCGGUUCGGUAGAACUCGAGGGUCGCUGCAGAGCACGCUCAGAAACCGGCGGGGCCCGGGGGCGGCGCUGCGGCCUGGACGCCCGCCCCUGCGUCUGGCCUCGGAGGGCCGCCGGCCCCUUCCGGCUCCUUGGGUGACCCCCGGGGCCCGGGAGUUGGGGGAGGAGCCCGGGGCCGUCGACCUGUGUGUUCUCCGAAGCAGGGGGUCGCUGAGCGACGACCAGACUCCAAAGUGGGUAGAAAAUUCCAACUCUGCCCUUUUUUUGUCCCCUUCAGGCUCCUGGGUAGAAUUGCACUUCAGCAAUAAUGGGAAUGGGAGCAGUGUUCCAGCCUCAGUUUCUAUUUUUAAUGGUGAAAUGGAAAAAAUAUUGCUAGAUGCCCAGCAUGAGUCUGGACGGAGCAGUUCCAAGAGUUCUCACUGUGACAGCCCGCCUCGCUCACAGACCCCACAAGAUACUAACAGAGUUUCUGAAACAGAUACCCAUAGCAUCGGAGAGAAAAACAGCUCUCAGUCUGAGGAAGAUUAUAUGGAGAGAAGGAAAGAAGUUGAAAGCAUCUUGAAGAAAAACUCAGACUGGAUAUGGGAUUGGUCAAGUCGGCCAGAAAAUAUCCCCCCCAAGGAGUUCCUCUUCAGACACCCAAAGCGCACAACCACCCUCAGCAUGAGAAACACGAGCGUUAUGAAGAAAGGGGGCAUUUUCUCCGCAGAGUUUCUAAAAGUUUUUCUUCCCUCUCUGCUGCUGUCUCAUCUGCUGGCCAUUGGACUGGGGAUCUAUAUUGGACGGCGUCUGACAACCUCCACCAGCACCUUCUGAUGAAGAACUGGAAUCCAGCUUUUUUCAUGGAGCGGGAUUUAUAUCGGAGCUUGCAGCAUAGCUAACUGAAGAGCUCUCUUGGUCCUUGGCUGGCUGUACCACUUGUGUUUAUUUGUUCUGUAAAUGCGGCGUUGCUAAUUUAGUGAAAUGAAAGAUAGACACUAAAACCAUGCUAAUCUAUAAUCAUACCUAUGGGAUCAAUUAAUAAGCAUGUCAUAUUAAUAUCUACUGUAAUAAUUUGGUAGUAAAUUUUCUUUGGAUGUUAUAAAUAUCUAAGUAUGAAUAAUUUUAACAUACAAGUCAUGAUGUACGUAGUAUUUUAACAAAAAUUAUCUGCAACCUUAAUUUGGUUAGAACACUUUAUAUUUUGGAAGAAUGAAUAAUGUUGAUAUUAAAAUGACUACAUAAGGGGUUUAUCCCAAAUAAAUAUUGUGGCCUUAUAU